GGCCGGCAUUUCCGGCCAGUGGCGGCUUCUCGGGGUCCGCAGACAGAGUCUGUAGCCCAGACUGGCCUGGCAGGUCCUGUGUAGCCCAGGCUGUCUGCCUGAGCCAUCACACCUGGUUUUGGAGAAUUUCAUUUCUGAAGGAAGUGUUUGCAGCCACCUCCUACUACCCUGUAACACACAUUUGCAGUUCCUGAAGUGUGUGUGUGGCAACACUGUGGACCCUGGAGACAUAUCCUCACCUCAGGCCAUCAAAUCUUCAUUAGUCUGAAACCUGGACACUUUGAGGGGAGCUUGGCCACCUGCAUCUGUGCGAAAGCUCCAGGGCCCAGCUCUGCCCUGCAGUUUGGAACAGCACGACCCUGUCAUCUUUCCUCCAGAGGAACAGCAGCCGACUGAAUUGCUGGGAGCUGAGGCCUGAGUGUGCUGGGGCCCCAGUACCAAAGGGAAGAGGCUGCUGUGGGCAGAGGGCAGAGCCAAGGAGGAACUUGGUGUAUGCCUGGGAUCAGCAGAGUGGGCAGGCACAGAGGAGAGGAAGAGACUGUAGUGUAGGGAGGAACAUAGGCCAGGAAGGACAAGCACAGCCCAGCCCAGCUUGGCCUCCCCCAUGGCCUCCAAACAGGCUGCAACAAAGGGCAAGGGGGAGAAACGGAAGCGGGUGGUGCUGACCCUCAAGGAGAAGAUUGACAUCUGCACGCGACUGGAGCGUGGUGAGAGCAGGAAGGCGCUGAUGCAGGAGUACAACGUGGGCAUGUCCACCCUGUAUGACAUCAAGGCCCACAAGGCCCAGCUGCUGAGGUUCUUUGCCAGCUCAGACUCCCGCCAGGCGCUGGAGCAGCGGCGGACCCUGCACACCCCCAAGCUCGAGCACCUGGACCGUGUUCUCUACGAGUGGUUCCUGGUAAAACGUGCCGAGGGCAUCCCUGUAUCCGGCCCCAUGCUCAUCGAGAAGGCCAAGGACUUCUAUGAACAGAUGCGGCUGACCGAGCCCUGUGUCUUCUCUGGGGGGUGGCUUUGGCGCUUCAAGGCCAGGCAUGGCAUUAAAAAGUUAGAUGCAUCCAGCGAGAGGCAGGUGGCUGAUCACCAAGCCGCCGAGCAGUUCUGUGGGUUUUUCAGGAGCCUGGCAGCCGAGCAUGGGCUGUCUCCUGAGCAGGUGUACAGUGCUGACGAGACGGGCCUUUUCUGGAGGUGCUUGCCAAAUCCCGCCUCGGAUGGUGGGGCUGUGCCCAGCCUCAAACAGGGCAAAGAUAGGCUGACCGUCCUGAUGUGUGCCAAUGCCACAGGCUCCCACAGAAUCAAGCCCUUGGCUGUUGGGAAGGGUGGUGGCCCCAGGGCCUUCAGAGGCAUCCAGCAGCUGCCCAUUGCUUACAAGGCCCAGGGUAAUGCCUGGGUGGACAAGGAGAUUUUCUCUGACUGGUUCCAUCACAUCUUUGUCCCUGCGGUGAGAGAGCACUUCAGAGCCAUAGGCUUGCCGGAAGACAGCAAGGCCAUUCUCCUGCUGGACCACUCCCGGGCCCAUCCGCAGGAGUCCGAGUUGGUGUCAGAUAAUGUCUUCACCAUCUUCUUGCCUGCCAGCGUGACCUCCUUACUGCAGCCCACGGAGCAGGGCAUUCGCAGAGCCUUCAUGAGACUCUUUAUCAACCCUCCUAUGGCCCUCCAGGGCUUCCCCACCCGGCACGUGAACGAUGCCAUAGUCAAUGUGGCUUGCGCCUGGAACGCAGUGCCCAGCCAGGUCUUCAGGCGGGCCUGGCGGAAGCUGUGGCCCACGGUCACAGUCCCCGAAGGCUCCUCCUCUGAGGAGGAGGCCGAAUGCUGCAGCACCAAGCCUCACAACAAGGCUUUCGCCCACAUCCUUGAGCUUGUGAAGGAAGGGCCGUUAUGUCCCAGCAGCAGGCUUCAGAGUAGCAGGGCUGAGGAGCAGGGUAUGACUGGGAAGGAGGUGGAUGAGGCCAGUGGUUCUGUGGCCCUGGCCCAGGCCACUGGGCAUACAGAAAAGGCAAAGAGAGGUGCUGGCGAGGGUGAGGAGGCAGCCUGGGAGCAGGCGGCCACGUCCUUUGAGGCUGUCGUGCGCUUUAUGGAACGGCAGCCGUGCUUCACCACACAGGAGGUGGGGCAGCUGCGGGCACUGCACACUGUGUUCAGGAGCCAGCAGCAGCUAAGGCGGCCCCACAUGGCUCUCAGGACUGAGAUCAAACUUGAGGCCCUCCAGGAUCGCCCUAGCGGGUGUGUGGCCACAACCCAUGCUGCCUUACCCUCUUCAUCCACAGCGGGUGACAACUGAAGGUCCUUGUCUGCACCCACUGACACCUGCAGCUCUACUCUGCAGCUCAUGCAGUUGUGGGGCGCAGACUGCCUGCUGGGCUGGAGAGCAUGCUCAGACUCGAGUCCCCGGGAGCAUGGCUCUUGUCAGGGUGGCAUCUCAGUUACACAGAGGGCCCUAAACCUGCACCCUGUCCCUCUGCAUUCUGGAGCCUCCGCCAGCUGCAGCCACACCCAGGAAGCCAUUUCUGCCUCUGGUGUUGACUGACAGAGUCAUGCGGUCAGGUUGAGGUGUGUUUGUUCUUAAGGAGAGGAACUUCGUGAGGGGUGUGCCUCUAGCCCUUGGGAGACUCAAGUCUGCCUGACCGGUGGACCCCAAGCCCAGUCCUGAGGACGCUGGCCUUAGUUCCUGACCUCAGUGUUCCCGUUCCACCCCACCCCCAUCCCCGUAGCUGCAUACACACCAUGCUUCCUGUCUCACAUCCACUUCAGCCACGAACCCACAUGCUCAACCGCAGGACCCUGCAGCGGCCCUGUGGGCAGCAGGCUCACCUCAGCCCGUGUCCCACAGUGACACCUUAGUUUCAGUGAGUGGCUUAAAAGCCAGUACGUGUCCAGUGGUCCACGCUCCCCAAAACCUUGAGUUCCAGCCCUAUGUGAACAAACCUGGAGGAGGCACCGGAAGGUAGUCUGAAGUUUGCACCCUCACAGAGCAGCACUUAGAGGCUUGAGCUCAACUGCCCUUGGGCAGAUUAGCAGGUGGCUUGAAAGAUGUGCCUGUGAAGAUGUGUCUGCAUGGGCUGGUUUAUGGAGGCCAACUGUGGGGGACAUGACUAUUCCAGACCUCAUGGAGCGUCAUGGCUGCUGUGCCUGUGCUUCCCGGCCCCGUGUACUCAGUGACAGCUCUUUCUUUCAAAUGCACACCAGAUAGGUGUAUUUUUCUAUGUUCUCCCACCUUGGCUUUGCCCUGACCUCACCAUCUAGGAUCAUGUCCUGUUGAAUUGGCACGUAGUUUUUAUCUCAGUGUUUGCCAGCUGCUUCACCAAGAGACCUUCCCCCUGGAACCCUGAGAGCCGGGGCUUGGGGAGCAUUUGGUCUGCGUUCUGUGUCCAAGCAAGGAUGGUCAUUGCAGACAGCACUGUCUGGUGCCAUCUUCCUGCCCUUGUGAAUGUGUGAUCAUAGAAGCAGGUGGCUUCAGAGAUGUUGACGCUGUGAGCUCCGCUGCUUUCACAGCACUUCCCUUGUGUGUCUGGGGUGACGGCUGCAUGCUCAUGUGAUGUGUGGUUUCUGGCUCACAGUGUGGACUGUUGGGUCACUGUUGCAGCUACUUGAACUGCUGCAGGGGGUCAGAGGUUGGGAGCUACUUCCUGGGACAAUGGGGACAGAGCUGGGGGAGCUCCUGGCCAGUGCACCUGGGUUCCCUAAGAAGGUUUGUGCCCAACAGACCCCAUCCUAGGGCUAGUGCUGGCUGACCCUGGCCGUGUUGCCACCUUCCUGACCGAUGUCUGGCCCCAGGGAACCCCCUCCUUCCACAACAACUGGAGCAGGCGCCUCAUUUGGCUGCAUCCCUGUGAGCUCAGGGGAGAGUUCUUGAGAGGACCAGGGUGAAGACCACAGGUGCUGCCUUCCUGUCCACGACCCCUGACAGCUCCUCAGGGUCUGUGCUAGAGGUUCUUGGUGUGGACUUGGGGAAGGGCGGGAGCUGCCUGGAGAGCUUGUGCUGCACUGCCUCCUGCUUGCUGGGAACAUCUGGUCUCCCUCAGGGCCAGCGCUGAAGCCCAAGCUCACAAUCUCCCCAUUCAGGAGACCAGAUGGAGAGACAGUGCUGGCAGGACCUCAUCUCCUUUUCUCUUGCCCAGUGGCCACUGAGGCCAGAAGCCCCAAGCUCUCCAAGCAGACUGCUCUGGGCCCUCUGUGUAUGUACCUUCCCCCCCACACCACACCACAUAGCUCAGGGAGGCCUGGCACUGACAAUCCUGCCUUAGCCUUCUGAGUGCAUGCCUGGUUCCUUCUGCUUCCUACCUGUGAGCCAGGCUGAGUUGCCCCACUGGCAGCUGGGUCUUGAGCACUUCAGUGUCACAGUCCCAUUGGAUGGGUACAGGAGCAGGUGUCCACAGACUGGCCAAUGAGGUGGGCGUUUCUAGGCCAGAUGCCCCUCUGCUGGAGACUUCCAUGCCUAGACCACCCUGCUACUGGAGAAGGGUCCCAGCUUGGGCCUGGAGUGGACCAUCCCAGCAGUGUUUGAUGCUUGGGAGAACAGAAGCUCCUGUCACAGCCCUGUCUGUUGUCCCCGCAGAAGCACUGUUCCCACCUCAUGGAAAGACAGGCCACAGCCCUGGUGCUGUGGGUGGCGUUGGGGGUGAGCAGCAGUCAGGAAGCAGAGGCCUCAGUAGGUGUGUGGGUUAAUGGUGAGUGAGAAUAGAUGGUACACAGAUGGGUGGAGGAGGAAGGAAUUUGCUGCAUUAACCCUGGUCAGUUUCCCACGUGGAGGUCCAAGUUCACCUGGAAGCAGUUCAGGCCCUCCAUGGCCGGGUGCACGGGGCCUGACCAUAGCAUCUCACACAGCCAACUGAAGAAAGGGAACCCUGACAGGCCUGGGACAGGAGCCUGGAUGGAGGCUGUAAUGACUGCUGUCACCUCAGUAAGACUGGGGCUGAUCUUAGCUGGAGGCCUCUGAGGCCAGGCCUGUGGGACUUGGAGGUGGGGUUAUCUUCCUCUAAGCCUGGCUUUAGUGAGAGGACACUGAGCCAACUGAGGUGGCAGCCGUGGGUGGGUGGGCCACCCUUGGUUCUGGCUCAAGCUCAUUUGCAGGGUGGCCCUUUGCCUGUGUGUUCCUGCCUGCCGCAGCCCCCACCACCAGCACACUCCUUCAUCCCCAAAUGAGUAAGUCAUGCUGUCCUCGAUCAUCGGACAGAGUUCAUGUAGGAUUUGUUUUCCCGUAAUGCCUGAGUAUUGGGCCCCCUGUUCAGUGACAGGCUGCUGCAGCCUGGAUGUUUUCCAGGAGUCUACUCACCAAUCUCAUUUGUGGUUCCAAAGAUUUGACUCUCAGUUCUCAUCAGCCCUUACUCAUCACUGAAGAGCAGAGGGGGGCUUGGGCUCCAGGGGAGGGUGGUGGGCCAUAGUGGGUGCCCCUUAGAGGUAGCAUUCUCAGGCUGGAAAGCUGUGGCAGUUCCUGAGUGAGGGGCAUGGGGGAUGUGCUAGGGUCCUGAGGCUCAUGUGGACGCUGAACCCUCUAGCUGGGCUUGGUGUAACCCUUCUGCAGGACCCCUAGGCCAGGAUUGCCCUCCUACUAAGCACCUAGCCUCGUGCCCAGCACCCUGGCUGCCUAAUGUCCUUGGAUUCCUGAGGUCACAGUCCCAACCUCCAGCAUCCAUGCCUCUGUGCUCCCAGUCUGGCACCAGUCUGCAGAGGAGCUUACCCACCUAUAGGGAGCAGCCCCUGAGAGUUGGAGAGCUUUGUCCACAGCUCACAGGGAUGGGAGGUAGGAAGGACAACACUGCUUUCGGCAGCUGAACCAUGAAAUAAAUAAAAGCCUUUCUGACU